AUAUCGCGGUACCACUUACUUACAUUGAACUGCCGGUAAAAUCACCAUCCCUUGUAUCCACUCCACCCUUUCCUAUUUAUGUGCGGUCUACUACAUGACUACAGCUGAUCGAAGGAAACCCAUAUAUGUAAACUGUUCGGCUAAAUACGCAAACAUUGCGGACUAGUCGCGGUUAUUUUUUGCCUGUGCAAAAUGUACAGUUAACACAACAUGUAGAAAAUGAUAGACAAUUAAUGAGAAGUGAAUGGAGGCAUCAGAUCAAAAGGAGUUUUCAUUUUUUUGUGAUGUCAAAAAAAAUUAUCAUGCUUCCAAUAUGUUAUUUCGCAAGGCGAUAUCUCAUGAUCCUCCAGUUACACAUUUUUUUAAUAUUGCUUCUCUUUCCAGCCAGGGAAUGUACUAUGCCGGAAGCAAGCCAAGAAGGAUUAUUACAUUCAUUCAAAAGUUAUUCGGAUAUUGCAAUGUUUCAUUAUACGGUUCCAAAAGAGGUACUUAGAGCUACUUGGCAGUUUGCAGCAUUUAUGGAUAGGCAAGAUUGCCCGCAAAGAAAAGUGCAUAUAUAUUUGCAAUGGGGCAGUUACCCUGUGAUAUCUGUAAAUAAUGAUACAUUUCCUAAUAAUAUGUAUCCCAAGCGUAAUCAUACAAUUGUAGUUUCUGCAGUUACAACAUUUGAACCAAAAACUACUGCAAUUGUACCAGUUUAUGGACCAGAAGCUGGAGAUUGGUUUGUUGGGGCAUAUUUGUCUCAUUGGGAUGAAAAAGUUCAACAGCAGGGGCUUGGUCAUAAAUGCCAUUAUAGUAUAGGUUCUGUAGCUAUAUGGACACAGACCAACAGUAUUGAAAAUAUACCUAUUGGUUACCAAUAUACAUUAAAAACAAAAGAAACUACUUCCUAUUACAAAAUAUAUAUUCCAUCAGGGACAUGGAAUUUUCGUGUACAUAUUUGGGGUUGUAAUUUUACUGUGCAUACUUCUCGUGGCAUCCACGAAACUUGCAUUAAAAAUAUGGCAUUGCAAGGACGCUCUUUACCUGUUUUCAAUCAUUCUGAACAAAAUGAAAUUGGAAAUUUUACUAUGUUAGAUUCAUAUGCCUUUACACAAUCUUCGCCUUAUGAAGAUAGUUAUUAUUAUUUGAUGAUUAUUUCGGAUAGCAUAAUUAAAGUAAAUGUAAAAGUUGUCACUUCAGAAUGUCCAAUUAGAAUAACAGAAAAGUCUUUUGUAAGACAGUAUUUAGAUGCACCUUCAUUUUCUAAAGCAUUAGCUCAAUUGCAUAUGAAGGAUUUAACAAAACAUUUACAUCAUGAUGAAAUCAGAUAUAAUAAAUCAUACAGUGGUGAUCUUAUGAGAAAUGAGUUUCGUGUAUCAGAUGAAGAUUUAGAUGAUCCGUGCGUUCCAAGAUAUCAACUUGCUAGAAUUAAGCACUCACAAACAUUUUCUGGUGUCUACUUAUUACAGGGUAGAGAAUGGUUAACUUCUUGGGUAAUGUUAACUGAUAUACAUCCAGUAGUAACACAAUUCAAUAUUUUACCGUUGGUAGAUAUUGGUGGUACACUUGAGAUAAGUGUACAUUUGGAAAUGGAUAAGGUUGCAACAAGGCAGUUGGUUAAAGUUAUACUCUGCAUCCAACGUGGACGUGUUCCAAAUAGAUUUAUGGGUAAUAUCGUAUGCGAAGAUCCAAGGAUGUUAAUGAAUUUAUCUUCAUUUGACAAACACGAUGCAAGUUUGUUAAUACCGUAUCCACAGCCAGAUACUUGGUAUAUUGCUUUACAUGCAUCAUGUCAUUUUAAUGGUAAACCUGUAAGCUGUGAAAUGGAAGAGAUUUUGGUAUCAUUGGAUAUACGAACUAGGCAAUGCGUGUUUUCCGGAAAUUAUCCAUGCGGUCAUCAUGGCAUUUGUCAAGAAGUCCAUAGAGAUAUUCUUUAUUAUACAACGUGCAAAUGUUUUGAAGGAUAUAGAGGAUGGGGCUGCACUGAUGCUACUAGUGCCAAUUCAGAGUCUUCUCUUCUUAUAACUACAAUGAUGCUCACUUUAAGUAAUGGUUUUUUCAUACCUGCUAUAUAUGUAGCUAUUAAGCGCGGAUUAUAUACCGAAGGAUUAGUCUAUUUGGCCACUAUGCUUUUUUCGUCUCUAUACCAUGCUUGUGAUCAACAUGUUAUGACUUAUUGUGUUGCUAAAUAUGAAGUUCUACAAUACAGUGACUUUUUUUCAAGUAUAUUAGCAUUUUGGGUAACACUUGUUGCAAUGGCUGAAAUACCGACUCGGUUUGUAUCAUUGUGCCAUAUGUUUGGAGUUCUUAUAAUAGCUUUUGGAGUGGAAUCCAACAAGACAAGCCUAACGAGUAUACUAGUACCUCUAGGAAUGGGCAUUAUGAUUCCAAUGGGGGCAUAUGCUUAUCGUUGUUUCAAACUGAAAAAAUGGAAAAAGCCUAAUCGAAUAUCUAAGUUAUUAGCAGGUUUGAUGUUGGCAACGGUGGGCUUAUUGCUCUUUUCUUUAGUUGAAACAGAAGCAAAUUAUCAGUAUGUUCACAGUGCAUGGCAUAUGAUAAUAGCCAUUUCAUUGAUAUUUCUUUUACCACCGUCGCGUUUGGAACAAAUUGGUUCUUCCGAUGCUAGCUCCUUCAGCGAUGACAGCGAAUUACUUGAUUACAAAGAUCCACCGAGUAGUCCAAUUUUUACAGUAACUAGUGGUCAAGAAAAUCUAGUUAUUGCAUCAAAUUGAACCUUGUAUUAAAAGUAAGUAGAACAAAGAAACCAAAUACGUACUAUUGUUUAAGUUACUUGUGCCAAAAGAGUGUUCUAAUUCUCUAAACUCUAAGCAAAUGGUAGAUUACAGUAUUAUGAUAAUCAAAAUUAGAAAGUGAAUGUACAUAAUAUUUAUGUAUAAAUUUUAUAAUAGUUCCUAAGUAAACGUACACAAAUGACUAUAGGGUAAUCUAUGUUGAAUUUUUCAAUGUAAUAUAAAUACUACUUAGAGUUAUGAAACAUAAAUAAACUUACAAAUGGUGCUAUUCUAUUCUUACUAUAUUAUUUUUAGAAUACAUUCAGCAAUACUAAUAGAUAUAUUUUUAUAUAUUUUUUAUUGUUGAAGGUUAUAUCUAUUUUUCUUAGAUUAUGUCACUCAAGUAAUGAUUUAUUAAAUUUACUAUUAAUAUUAAAAUCAGUAGUCUUCUAUAUAUAUUUAGUAGCCUUUGUUGUGUUCAGACUAUAACUUUUGAUAAUAUGCCUACAUUAAUAUAUGCUCAUAAUAUACAUUUUAUGGUAUAUUCGAACAACCAUAAAUACAGAUGCAUUUAUACGUUUUCCUAUAUAUUUGUUACAUAAAGUACUUAAUAUACAAUACUAUUUUGAAAUGAUUACAUUAGUACUAUUAUUUAUGUGUUUUAAUAGUCCAGCAGUGAUCGUUAAUUACAUAGAUUACCCUAUAUACAUUGCCAUAAAUGGAUUAUAUUUAAGACUACUCAUUGAUUGCAUUUUAUGUUUUACUUUAUUAACAUAUAUUUUUUUUAUAAAGUUAUAUAAUAUAUAUCAUGUGGAUGUUCUGUGUAAUUACUAUAACUUUGGGAAAUGUAAAAAUCUAAUACAACAUGUAUCUUAAUAAGGUAAAGAACCAAGUUAUGAGUGUAACAUUGUUAUAUCUAUCUUUCACUUUUAGUCGUAUUCAGAGUUGCUUAAGGGACCACAGUAUAUAAAAGGUACUAAUAGCAAAUUAGAAAAUGAAAGUAUAAGUGCUGUGCCUAAAUACAGAUAAAUUAUUAAAAAUUGUAGUAUUGAAAUUUUGUGAAUUAAAUACUCAAUGUUUGCAAGUUCAGUAGUAAUUAGUUCGAUUUAUGUUAUGGAUAAAUGUUGGUAUUACUUGGUAUUUUUAACGAUUUCUAUAAUUUCACAGCAAAUAAGAAAUUAAAUUUGCCAUAGACAUUACAUACAUAUUUAUUUAAUGUUAAAAGUUCCCAAAGUUGAUUAGUUUUAAUGCAGAAGAUACACUUUAUGAAGAAAUUGAAAGAUUAUAUUUAUGUGUCAAUCUUUCAACGUUAUAAUUUUAUUUUACUCAUUUCAUGUGAUAUCAAUUGCAAUAUCUUGUUUAUAAUCACUAUCUGAUAUAGUAUAUAAUUAUUAUUGUUAAUAUUUCGAAUUUUUUAAUAAUUUAUGUAAAAUAAUUUUUAUAUAGUAAAUUACUAAAGUAUAAUAUUUACUUUAGUUACUAUUCAAAUACCUCACAAUGUGUAAAGUGCCAUUUAAUAUUUCUCUUUCAUCCUAUGCCGAUUAUAUUAAAAAUUUUAUUUUUACACUAUUAAGAAAGAAGGCAGGGUGAUUGAUGAGAAGGAAUUCAUGUAGCUCAAAUCUUUCGAAGAUUAUGCUACAAUACUUAGGAGUUUAAAUGAGGAAAGAAGGUAGAACAAUAUGAACAAUACCAAGGUGAAUUGCAUUACAAGGCUGUUAUAACAUUCAGAACAAAUAUAAGUAACAUAAAAUUUCGUAUUAAAUAAACUGUAAAAAGAAUAACAUUCCAAUAUUUCUUUGGGUCACCUAAUAAUAAUUGUUUUAAAUUAAAAAUGGAAGUAACAUGUUAAAAGUAAAUGUUAUGAACAUAGUACCCCGUCCAAAAUUAUAACAGUACAAUUUUUAAACAACAUCAGGUCUAUAUAGUACAUGAAAUAAUUUUGUUAUUCCACUUUUCUUAUGAAAAAUUCUUCAUACAUUUAGUUAUGAUUCCAAUAGUACAGAUCUUUAUUCCUAUGUUUCAUUGUAAAUGUUAAACAUCUUUCUUCUCUCGUCAAUUACAUCUAAUACAUAUUCACACCGUUGUAAGAUACACCUAAAAUUAUGCAUGAUACGUCCUAUUAGCAAUACGAUCGUAGUAAAAUUAUAUUAAAAAAGAUGUUUAGCGUAUCUAAAUAAAAUACUUUCAAAUGAAGAUCUAUCAUUUCAAUAAAUGUGUUUAAAUAAUUUA